ACGAAGGGUACAUCGUCAUUUGGUAAGCGACGAAAUAAGACGCACACCUUGUGUCGUCGAUGUGGAUCCAAGGCAUACCAUUUGCAGAAAUCUACCUGUGGGAAAUGUGGUUACCCUGCUAAGCGUAAGAGAAAGUAUAACUGGAGUGCAAAGGCUAAAAGACGCAACACCACUGGCACUGGUCGCAUGAGGCACCUGAAAAAGGUCUAUCGUCGAUUCAGGAAUGGCUUCCGGGAGGGAACCACCCCAAAGCCCAAGAGAGCAGCUGUUGCAGCCUCCAGUUCGUCGUAAAGACUCAUCUAUUUGUUAAAAUAAAUGGUCUUAUCCAGAAAGUCUGUCACCUUUUAUGCAUAUUUUACUUCAGUGAAACGCGGGAUUUCUGACAAUACGUACAUCUACACACACUUUCUUAAUGGUAUACAUUGAAAUGAUUCAUU